UUCUUCUUCUUCUUUUUCUUGCCCUCGGCUUCGACUUCACCUGGAUUCGUGACGUCGUCGACUUCCUCGACCUCUUCGAAUUCAUCCAUGUCGUCCUCAGGUGUUGCGUCAGGAAUCAAUGCCGAUGGAGGAGGUUGAGGAGGCUGAGCUUGGCGGGCUAUGAUGCCGGUGUCAUGCAGAGACAUGUCACUAGUAUAAGUCUUGGCAUCCUCUUCUUUGGCCACCGAAACGGGAAGGGCAUCGAUGCUGACCGCCAGGGCCGACAAGGUGAGGAGAGCGUUGAGAAACUUCAUCUUGAAGAAUCUCGCAGUCGAUGUGAGAAGUUUGAGAUGGUUGUGAGAGAGAGGCUGGAGAGUGAAGUGUGUUGGAUGAUGAGGAAAAAGAACCAAUUUGAGGCGGGAUCUCGCCUGGAUCUUAAAGUAAACCGUUCUACAUACUUCGUGACAAGAAAACGGUUGAAGUCUUAGCUUUCGCGCAUCUGAAAAAGAGCCACCAACGGCGGUGACGACAAAUCCACUCGUCUCAA